AUGCUGCCGCGCAGUCGACUCGAGAAGUUGAGGCGCAAAACCAGGAGGCUAACGAGCGUCUUGAAUCGCAGACAUUGGGAUGGAGAGGCUCGAGAAGAGGUUGGUGGGGGUGUUACCAGAGGAGAAGAGACCGAGACGAAGUUGACAGAUACCAACAGACGGCAAAAUGCCCUGAAAGACUGGAUACAGUCGGAGCGCGAAAGCUGCAGCGAGAAGCAACGCAGAGUCAAAUGUCUCUGUGGUUCUGUCAUGCAGUCACGGAGACAAUUCAACGCGGAUCAACAAAGGUCCGAUACCAGAUCAAGAAAGCUCGGUGAGGAUGAGGAGACCCUUCGCAACGAAGUCGAACGUCUCAGGCCCCAGAUCACAUCCCACAAUGGGGUUCAGGAGGCAUUUUAUCGCGUAUCGCAAGGCCCCCGAGGAGAGGGGAACGGCCGCAAGAAGCGCCUCAGAGGCUGCUUUACAACAGUUUUCGGAGAACAUGAACGCUUCCAAGGAUGCUUUAUCCAAGGCACACAGGGGAUCAACCAUGCCAAAGACGUUGUCUACGCAGCCACCGCCAGCAGCACUGUCGCCUACGGCCGCCCGGGGACGAAACCUCGGCUGCGACCUUUCCAAACCAAUCCACUGGGUGGCUACGCAUCAUUUGGCCCUUAUAUUGAUCGCACUCCGGCAUUAACCGGUCAAGCGUCAUCGAGCGCUCAAGGUAGUCAGUCCGAAUCUGCAACCCCGGCGAAUGCACCUGAUGAUACCAAAGAUCUGUCGAGCAAGCUGGGUUUCCUUGCUGACUGGAACGACAUUGAUACCAAUAGAAUGUUGGAGAAAUCGAUUCUUAUUUCGCACUUCGUCUUCGAUACUACAUUUAGAAUAUAUCGUGUCCCAAAUGUACAGAUGGACCCUCUUUCCAUAAUAGCAAGCGUUGUAGGUGUUGCGACUGCCGCGCUGGAAAGCUCGGUCGCACUUCAUAAUGUCCUCAAGGCUAUUCAAAACGCCCCUCGCGAUAUCAAGAAGCUAUCUGGCGAGACCGAAGAGCUGUCUUCUAUUAUCGCGUCAUUACAGUCAACACUCAAAGACGAAGACCAGAAGCAAGCACUGCGAAACAAUGAUCGUAUCAUCAAGUCGCUGGAACAGCUGGAAGGUCCUUUGAAGAGUUUCUCGGAGAUCAAUGGGAAGAUUGAGAGUACUCUAAGGCCGUAUCUCAAGUUGACGGAUGAUGGGAGGAGUUGGAAGAUCUCGGAUUUGAAGUGGCUGUGGGCUAAGGGCGGCAUCAAUGAACUUUUGGAGGGCUUUCAGCGUAGCAAGCAAACGCUCAACCUCCAUAUGAGCAAUUGUACACUCCUUCUCACCGCCUAUGACGCUGGCUCCCGACCAGAGAGACCGAGAGUAAACCGCCAAGACUCUACAAGCACGAAUGUCGGUGGCGCACUGAAGAAAUACGUGGCCGAAACGCUCGAUGGGGCAUCAGAAGGCUCGUUCGAGGCAGGACGAUAUAAAAAGUACGACGCAGCAGCUCCAGUUCUCGAGAAUCGAGACUCCACGGCGGACAUCACUAAGCGCAUGGAGAAGCUUAGCCUUCAGCGGAUAGCACUCUUUGACGCCGCUAAAGACGGACAGCACGAAAUUGUCAGACUGCUACUCCAAGACGGCAUGGAUGUCAACGCGAUAGCCCGAGAUGGCCAAACGGCCUUGCAUCUCUCCGCCGAGUACGGCCACGAAGCUGUUACGCAAACAUUGAUAGAAUACGGCGCUAAAAUCGACCUGAGAAUGCUCCCCGGCAAGGCCGACAAGAAUGGGAACUGCCCAGGUGGCAGAAAUCCACUGCACUACGCAGCACUGAACGGGCAUUUAGGCAUCAUCAACGUACUACUAGAUCAUGGAGCAGACGCUUCGCCGCAGAGCACAAAUCUCAGGACACCUCUACAAGAGGCAAUAGCAGAGGAUCGUACUGCGGUAGCCAUGCUGCUGAUCAAGCGCGGUGCAAGCUCAAAAACAUGCGAUCGCGAGGGCUGGACGCCAUUGCAUUGCGCCGCUUACAAAAAAAACCUUGAUAUCGUAAAGGCACUCAUUGCCAAUGGUGCAGAUGUUGAGGCUAGAACAUCUGAUUGGAAUGUCAAGGGCAAAGAGCGCUGGCGGCGUACUACUCCUCUCUUUCUGGCUGUCUGGAACGGUCAAAUCGGUGUUGUGCAAGCGCUGCUGGAUGCAGACGCGGAUCCUAGGGCUGAUAUCUCGGAUGGCGCUACUUGUGUUCAUGCUGCUGUCUAUGGGAACCGGAGGGGGCCGUGGAUUGCUGGUAUGCUACUUGAUGCGGAUGCGAAGCGCGAUGGCAGACAUGAUAUCGCGCUGAUCAAUAUGAAGAAAUUGGAUGGUAACACCGCACUACAUGUUGCGGCUGCCAAGGGUCAUGUUGAUAUGGUUGAGCUGCUGUUGAAGAAGGGGGCCGAUGCGAAGGCUGUGAAUGGGCUUGGGAGAGACGUGUUGCAGCAUGCGAAAACGGUAAAGAAAAAUGAAGCUGUGGUGAGCUUGCUAGAAGAACAUGUUUCCAGGUCGAAGAAGGCGAAGGGGAUAAAAACGAAACAGAAGAGCAAAGGAGGUAGUCACGAAAACCUUACUAUUGAACCAGCGGACGCCAGCGUUGACCCCACUAAACGCCAACAUAGCAGGCAACGCAGCUCGGCUUGUUGA